AUGCAAAACUUUGCCGCCACUGGCGAUGCUGGUGGUAGUCAACAACUAGUCAGAGUCUCAAACACGAGCUCGAGCACUGUUAUUCACCAGAACAUCGUCCCAGAGCUCCCGUUCACAGCUUUUCGUAACCGCAUGGCAUUUUCCCAUCUUGUAGCUCACUACCGCUGGGCUCCGUUUUGGAAACCUCUCUUUCGAAUGUCAUUAGACGGAGAAUUAGAUUCAGAUGUGGCCAGAGCCGAUUAUACGGGAAGCCUAGCGACUGCGCUCGGCUUCAUGGGAAAUUCUGUCAACGAGCCGAGCAUGGUGGCCGAGGGCUACGAGUUGAAUGGCAAGGUAAUCAGAGCGUUGCAUCACGCUGUGUCAGCGAAGUCCAAUCAGGAGUUGGCGAGGUGGGCCUUCACAAUCAUUAUCCUUAGUCUAUACCAAUAUGCGGUAGAGAACGUGCCCAACGUUCCUCACUAUUACGGCAUGUCGAAAAUUAUAGAAAUGUGUGGGCCAGAGUGCUUUCAGCAAGAGCCAAUGUUGACCUAUCUACGCCAAAUUCGGGCACUUCAUACCUCCCACGACCUGCUGAUGGACCAUUUUGUCGAUAUUCCCGGUCUCACUCUUUCCAUCGCAUCACGCAAUCGACCGUUAUUCAACAACGAGAUAGAGGCCGCCCGUGACAAAAUCGAUCAGCUUCUAAGGGAUCUACGUGACUGGAGAUGGCGCUGGAAGUGCGACAAUCCAGAUGCUGCAAGAGAAGCUGAUAUGCCUCUUGACGGAGAGAUUGAAGACAUUUCAUUGACUUGGGCCAAGACGUUGGCGUCUAGGCCAAUCGAGGUGAAGACACCGGAACAGGCUGCCGAGCUCAUCAUCUACAAUGCUUCAAUCACGCAGCUAAUGAAUUUGCAAGUUUUGUUGGACACGGGCACGCGGGAUCCAAUGCCAUUCCCUGAAAAUAUCGACAAAGCCGUGCUCAAGCCAGCGGAAGAUCCUCUUUACACACCGAAUGAAGUUAAAUAUAGGUGGCAGCCGUCCAUGGAGGGCUUAAGGCUCAUGAGGCUGGCACCGAAGCUAUUAUCUGUCAGCAACGAGCCACCAUAA